AUGAGUACACCUCGUAAAAGCUGGAAGUCGAAAACUAAUAAAGAGGAUGAAAAGUCAUUGGACACAGACGAUGAUUAUUUGUUUCAAAAACGUUUACCUCCGUCGCUUCCCCGCCGACCCAAUGAUGUAUAUGUGAAUCAAAAAACUCCUUUUAUUGCUCAAUUUAACAAGUGCAAAACAUUACUCUCGAAAGAGAAAGAAAUUCACAUACAUGGAUUGGGAGCAGCUGUAAAUACUGCUGUUAACCUUGCACUGCAGUUGAAAACUUUUUACUUGAAUACUAUUGUUUUAGAUACUACAACAUCAAGUGUUGAGUUGAUUGAUGACUUUACUCCUUUAAAUGGGAAGUUUAAGCCAAAAACUAAUACUAGAAAAAAUUCAGUUAUUCACAUCAAGUUGACCAAUGUAAUACAGGAAAGUAAAUAA